CACUCCUUGAAUAUUUAGUGCGUACAUUUCGAAAAGGAAAAUGAUACCGAGAAACAGAAAAAGUUGCAAAUUGGAUUUUACCCAAGAAGUCGUCUGGGAGCGUAUAUAUUUGAAAAAAAAAUGCAAGGAGGUUGGUGUGGAGAAAGAGUAUAUUUUGUACGAAAAGCGUCUUCGCUGCAACUCAAUCGGAGUGUUUAUAUUUUUACACUCGGCUGUGACCCUGAUUCACUGUUUUCUGUUGAUAAUGACAUGUCAGUACCUAUCUAUAAUUCAAAUCGAUAUUGGCUUUUAUAUAGGAGCUGCAUUGCUCAUCAUUACAGUGCUGAGUAUCAACUUUAAAGAAGAGAUCAUAAGAAAGCAUUCUUGGAUAAUGUACGCAAGCUCGGUGGUUGCUGCGUCACUUAUGGUUUCGGUGGAUCUAAUUCUUCAUGUAUACCAUAAGUCCACGGACAACUGGGAUGUCGGUUCUUUUUAUGACACAUACGUUAUAUAUAGUAUAUAUUUGUUUAUGCCUAUUCCCUUUAUUAAGGGGCCGCUUAUUCUUGGAGUUUUCGUAUCUUUAUCGUAUAUUACUUAUUUUUUUGCGUAUUUAGAUUCUAAACAUCUUUACCACAUGAAUAAUGUUGUCCAAUUUAACCAAAUGGUUGUGGAUGUGCUACAUUAUAUUUGCUUUAACAUGUUGGGCUUGUUUUUUCGAUUAAUGAAUGACAUCAUUGUGCGAUCAUCGUUCCUCGACCGGCAGCAGUAUGUGAUGGAGGAAAUUUGGCUGAGAAGCGCCCGUAAGCAGGAGCAGCGUUUGCUUCACAGCAUUUUGCCGCCUCAAAUUGCACGGCCCUUCCAAGAAGACAUACGCAGCCGUGUUGCGUUGGCUGGAAAGCGUCGAGGCCAUCGUAGUCACAACAUAAAGGAGCGCAUCAUGGCCAUUCAAAAUCAUCCCGAGGUCAGCAUCCUCUAUGCAGAUGUUGUCAACUACACCUAUCUGACUACAACACUCACUGUUAAUGAACUGGUGACAUUGCUGCAUGAUCUGUAUGGCAGAUUUGAUGUUGCUGCCGCUCACUUUAAGGUACAACGCAUCAAAUUCUUAGGUGACUGCUAUUAUUGUGUAGCAGGUCUGUCAAGACCCAACCCGGAUCACGCCAAAUGUUGCAUAGACCUGGGCCACUGUAUGAUCGCGCAUAUUCGCGAAGUUCGAUCGAAUCGUCAUUUAAACAUCGACAUGCGAAUUGGUGUGAAUUCGGGCAGUCUACUAGCUGGCGUAAUUGGAGCUGCGAAGCUGCAGUAUGACAUUUGGGGAAAUGAUGUGAUGAUUGCUGGCAAAUUGGAAUCGACCGGCCGUCCGGGCCAUAUUCAUAUCAGCGAAAGAACGCUCGGAUCGAUCCUAGAUAAUACAUAUGAGAUUCUUCCCGGCACAGAGGAGGCCGUGAAUGAUCCAUAUUUGUCAAGUCAUAAUAUUCACACUUUCCUUAUUGCGGCAAUCGAUAUUAAAUUAGAGGACUAUGAUCUUAAAGGCGAUGACGCCAACUCUUUUAAACACUUAGCCGCAGAACGGACCUCAACAAUUGAAAGAGAAUUACAAGAUGAAUAUGCAAAGUUGCCGGUUGGUACUUUUAACAUUAGGGAUUUUAUACGAUUCUGGAAGAAAACAAAGAAUAAACCACAUAAUAUGGAUAAUGCAUCUCGCCCAAUUGUCGAUUUUUUCUUUUUGCACUUUCGCGAUCCUAGACUCGAGUAUAACUAUAUGCGGCAGCCCGAUUACAUGUUAAAAUACAGUAUACUAUUAGCUUGGUUUGUUGGCAUCUCCUUGAUCUACAUACAAUUAGUCUAUCAUGAUAGCGGCAAUUUGUGCUAUUAUGUUAACAUCAUCGUUUUUACAACGAUGACUGUGCCGCUCUUUAUAACGUGGUUCAAAAAGAUGUGCUAUUGGAGAUACAAGAAAGAUUCACACAAUUUUUCAAAAUGGGCCUGUACCAUAUUCCGAAUUGCGGAGUUUAUGCAGGGUAAUCUUAUCAGCCGAUUGUGUAUUUACAUGUCCACGAUAAUAGGUUAUUUCGGUGUUAUCAGUGUGGUGCUGGUGGACUGCGAUCAAGAGGAGUUCCAGGUGCGGCACAUAGAGGACAAAUUAUAUCACUAUGAGCCGGAUCUAUUCAUGUGUUUUCAUCCCUGGGUGCUCACCAACAUGGCGUGCCUUAUGAUCGGUAUGAGUGUAAUAUUUACACGCAUUCCCUGGAUGGUGAAGAUAAUAGUUAGCGUAUUGGAAGGGCUUACUUAUGUGAUCAUCAUGUUUUUUCAAUUUGAAUACGUAAUACAUCAUAGUAAGACAACCAAUCCCUACUUUUUAUCGGAAUACGCACACAGCUACAUAAUUGCAAUAACGAUAGUAAGUUUCUACCUGAUGGAGCGACAGGCCGAGUUUAAUAGCAAGGUCAACUACAACUGGAGAGUAGAGCUGCUCAAAAAACAGCAGGAUGCGGUCAUUACCAAUAAAUCGAUAACUAUUCUCCUGCAAAAUAUUUUGCCUGCCCAUGUCGUCAGUGUCUACCUGACCUCAAUAGCAAGACACGAGCUUUAUUAUGAGGACUACCAAAUGGUGGCGGUCAUGUUCGCUUCUCUGCAAAACUUUGUACUGGACUUGGCCAACUUACGGGUACUCAACGAGAUAAUAACCGAAUUUGAUAAAAUAUUGUAUUAUUAUAGGAAGGACUAUUUAGUCGAAAAAAUCAAAAUUGUGGGCUGCACAUAUAUGGCGGCCUGUGGCUUGGAUCCACGUUUCUCUGGACACAUCGACGGGCACAAUAAUAACUCUAUUAUCAAGGAGGUUGCCCGUGCACAACGCUUUCUUGCGGCCUUUCAAAAUCAGAGCAAUGUGGAGGGUGUUCGAAAUGAAGUGGUAUUUAUUCUUACUACUUUUGCACUGGAUCUACUGCGAACCCUUUGGAUGUGCAGCAGUGUCUAUAAUAAACUUCCUAUCGAUCGCGGGGUUUUCAGUGCAGAUAUGAGCAUAGGAAUAUCCUGUGGUGAGGUAAUGGCUGGUGUUGUGGGCGCUUCGCAGGUACACUAUGAUAUUUGGGGGAAUCCAGUCAAUAUGGCCUCACGUAUGGAUUCCACCGGUGUAUCUGGCCACAUACAUAUAACCCAAGAAACUGCCGUAAUAUUGCGCGGAUACGGCAUAGAAUGUAACUACCGUGGCAUGACCUUUGUGAAAGGACGUGGGGUACUACCGACCUAUUUUGUUGGAAUCGAUGAGGACUACGAGUUCAGGAACACACCCGAGUUCUAUAACAGGCCAACUGUGAAUAUUGUCACGAGAAAGCGGCAGGACAACGAUGAUAUAGAUGACAUCGACCGUUAACAUAAAAAACAAACUAUUUGUACGUUACGAGGCUUAUAUAUUAAUUUUGAUGAAAUCGUACAAAUAGAUGCGAUC